AUGUGGCUGCAAGAUGCCGUUGUAAUUAAGGGACCUCGGUGCUUGGGCGAACGUCCAGAGGCAACCAGUCAUCCCGACGAGCUGCUCACAUGGCUUGCGGCCACUGGUUGGACAGAUGGUAAAGACCAGGGCUGGGGCGACUUGACACUGCUUCCCAGCGACGAGGGGGCGCAGACGAAUAAAGUAGAUGAGAGUGGCCAUAUUCUUUAUGGUUUCCACAGAACUUGCACCUCACUCGCUUAUCAAUUUAUCCAACUAUCACCAAUCACAACCUUGGAAACCUUCUGCGACAUUUGGGUCAUUAUAAACGCACGUUACUCAAAGGAUCCAUUCCAGAACAAUCUGUUCAAUCUGCCACAAGAACUCCUAGAAGAAAUCACAGAAUAUCUUCGGUACGGAUCCACAGACUUGCAACCCACAUACCUGCUGUCUCGAUCUUUUUGGAAGCAGCUUUUCAUCAAGCUACCCUUCCUCUGGGAUCUAGAUGUGCAACAAGUCCAACAAUUCCCAUAUUCUCCUAUUGAAGCAGGCAAAGAAUGGGACUGGGAGCAUUUAGUCCGGCAGAUCAUGGCUCGUCCCGUCAAAUUCCAGAGGCCGAUAUACAGCGGGUGUCAUGAUUUUUCGCUCAAACUUUGGGACUAUGGUCAAGUUGGAUUGGACAUGCCUCUCGGCAUGACGAAUCGGCGACGAAUGUGGCAGAUUUUGGAAGAUAUGGACCUCUAA